AUGGGUGGAGUCAAAUGGAUACAGAUCUACAGGGUCUACUGGAGAGAGACAUGUUGCACCACAAUAUUAGCCAUCGGCGUUUGUAAGCCGACCAUCCCAGUUAAUUUUGGAAUUGUUCUGUUUUCUCGGCCUCGGAAAUGCAAACCUUCCUCGGCCAUAGGAGUCUUGUAG